AUGACGAUUUACUACACGCUCACCUUCGGCAUCCUGGUGCUCGAGAUGGUCAUAUUCUGCAUCCUUGUGCUCCCACUUCCUUCCCACUGGCGUCGAGCUAUGCUCAAGUUUGCAUCCACUUCUCCUGCUGUUGCCAAGGCUAUCCAUGGUCUGAAGAUCAUUUUUGCAUUCAUCUUUAUGCUUUUCAUUGACGCAAUCAACCGCCUUCAACGUAUCGAUUCAUCCGAAGCCGACAGCGACCGCAGCAUGCACCAUGACUACAGUUAUGAAGCCAACAACAAAGCGAAAAAGUUCUAUGCUCAACGCAAUCUCUACCUCACUGGAUUUACUCUUUUCUUGUCUCUGAUUCUCGAACGUACAAGCACUUUGUUGAUCCAGGUGCUCAAACGUGAAGAGGAAUUGGAUGAUUUGAAAAAGCAGACCCAAUCCACUACCGAUGGACAACAACAAUUGAUCAACAAGGAGGAUAACUACAAGAAUGAGAUCGCAUCGUUGAAGGAUGAAUUGAAGCAAUUGAAGCAACAAGAGCGAGACUUUGAAACCCUCAAGAAGCAGGUGGCACAACAAUCAGCGGAAUACAAUCGCUUAGCUGAUGAGCGAAAUGCAUUGGAAAAUGCUGCAUCCGGACAAAAGGCUGAAGAUCGUAAAAACAUUUGA